AUGUCGGUCCUUGAUCUCGCAAACUGGAUGAAGUACCUGGAUCCCAGCGCACGCGUGAUCGAUUCUUACAUCCCCUGCAGCCACGAUGCGUCGGCCUAUAAAUACGAAGGAGGCGACAAUGGAUUUCAUGAGUUUGUUGGCAGUAUCUGCCAAAUCUCCAAUUACACCGGCCAGCUCCUGGCAGGGUCUCGGUGGUUUGAUAUGCGGAUCACCCUCGAGGGGAAGACCCUGGUGAUGAAGCAUGGUGUCAUCACGUUCCAAUCCUUCGAGAAAGUUCUUCGUCAAAUCAAAAGUUUUGCCGACUCCCAUAAAUCCGAAUUUCUUUUCCUUGACCUCGACCUUGCCCAUGGUGAUGGUAUCGCAGGCGACGUUCUCGCCAUGUUGAUUAAGGUCCUAGGAGACGGCAAAGAAGAUGCAUUCGCAACCGCGCACGUUGGCCCUGACGGCAAAAUGUACAACACAGAUCUCACCUGGGCUAAGCUCCGGCAGGACGGGAAGCAAUACGUUAUCAUCUGKGGCGAAGACGGGAAGGUCAACGGUGAGAUGAAAUACUACGACAGCGGCAAGCUCUGGGCUCCACAAGCCAGAAACAUUCGUGAUAACUGGAUAGAUGACUACGAAAAUAAAUCGCCAGAGGAGAUUGUGGCGUGGCUUGACGAGGCGCUGGGUCUGUGGAAGAAGGAGAGGCUGUGGAUAACCCAGCUCAUCAACACUCCGAAACGGUCCUAUAUGCCUGGUCACCACCCCAGUGACUGUGAUCAGAGAGCAGCGCCGGUCUUCAAUAAAUGGCUCACCAAAUUCAAACCCAGUGAUAAGUUGGGUAUCGUCAAGCGCGACUUUGUCAAUGAAGGUUGGAAUGAAGCUGGCAUCUCCUAUGUUAUCCGUUUGAAUAAAUUUGCCCAGAGCCCUGAGAUUCCUCUGGGCGCAACCAUCAGCUAUUUGAGCAAUAUUCGGCUCAGGGCACCGGAUGGGCGUUACCUCGCCGUGGACACCAACCCGCCCGGCAACACAAAUCUCAGCUUAGUGACCCUGGUGAACGGACGAGGGGAUAAUACUCGUUUUCUGAUCCGCGAGUAUCGGAAGGAUUCAACUUGGGGAUGGCCGUUAAGCGGCAAUCUGGACGCAGACUCGUGCGGCGCCAACGGCAAUGUCCGCCUUGUUCAUGUCGACAGCACGAUUGGUGACGAUACUGUGGUGUCCUGCGCGAAGAAUUCCGGAGGCUUUAUGUACUGGGGUGUAGGCUGGGGUCCAGCAGAUAACUGGGAGACGUUCCUUCCAUACGAUCCUGCCAACCCCCAAAGCAGCUUUGCGAUUCGCGAAGGCAGUACUAUUGUCCUUCGCACUCUGUGGCACAUGUACUGGAAGGCAGGCCAAGAUGAGAACGACUAUACGAGACUCUAUGCAAGCACGGGAGCCAUCGAAGAUGCCACGCAGUUCGUGGUGGAGAAGGCAUGA